GAAAUGCAAUAAAAAAAAACAUCUAGGUGCAGUAUCCUGGACAGGGCUUAUACUAGUCCCAGACUAAAAUGCAUGUUUUAGCUGUCGUACCUGAAAACAGCAUGCACUGAUCUAAUAUCAGUGCUAUUGUUUUGUCUCAAGAUGCACAGCAGUAAUGUUUUUUGUAUGGCAUGUUUGUAAAAACACCUAAUAUAAAUAAGGCCUAGUCUUGGCUUAAUCUAAACCCUGUCUGGGAAACCACCCCAUAGAUUCUCUUUUUACCAAGUUUACAAUCUCUGAUCUGAAAAUGUGGCUUGCUUGUGUUGUCGUUGAGCUGUUUGUAAACUAGUAAAACAAAUAUUUCCGUAUUAAGUUUUCAAUAUAUUAUAUUGCAGUAAAGAAAAGUUGUCAGUUUUUUUUAUCAAACCACACAUUCAGCGGAGCAGUAAUCCAUAUGCAACAGUGAUAAAAGACAGUUUAUUGUUAGCACGCAAGGGUCGGUCUAAAAAUAUACAGGAAAUGCUUUUUCUAAGAUGAGAGGACAGAAGAUUCAGGCUGAGACCUCAGCAAGUGCAUCUCAUUCACUGGAAGAGACACAAGACAAAGGCCACUUCCUGUUGAGGUUGCCACAGCUAAGCAGUCAAAACAGAAAGGCUAAAAAACCUUUUGUACAUCACUUAUCAGGCCAAGCAACAGCAAGAAACAUCAUCCACAUAACAACCUUAGUCUCAAGGAAUGUAAUGGAAAUAAGAAGGAAAGCAACGAUUUUGUUUUUGGCAACACACGUGUCCAGUGCAGAUGCCUCGGCUUUCCUGUACAACCCGGUGUAUUGCUAUGCGUUAGAUGUAUUUCUGCUGCUGUAUUCAAUCAUUUUUACUGCUCUCUUCUUCAGAGAGAAGUUUACAAAGACAAGGCCUGAUGCUUCAGACGCUGCAGCCCCGGCGGUUCCUGCCCGUAACCCUAAUGAGCCUGUAUAUACAGACUUGGAUUUGCCUCAAAUAGGUUCUGAUUAUCAGCAACUGGACAGACCGAUUAGAAGACGAGAGGAAGAAACUCAGUAUCAGGAACUAAGAGGACAAUCAAAUGAUGAAUACCAAAAAAUAAACACCAAAGCUCGCAAACCUAAGAGCAAAUCUAAUGAGGCUCGAACGGGACGGAGAAGAGAGGGAGCCGAGAAUAUGGAGAUGUACGCGCUUCCCCAAUAACACCAUCUUACUAAUUCAGUCCAAACUCAACUCAAACGACACAAAUAACUGCCAACAGAUACAUUAUCAUGUAUCUCUGUUAAAUGUGUUGAUAUAUUUUACUGUAUUUCUAAAAGGGACACUCCAUUU